AUGCCUCUAAUCGCUUCAUCGCCGCGAGAUCGCAUCAUCCUAGGUUUGAUGACCUUUGGGCCAGAUGAGAAAGUUGGGGCACGCAUUACCGACUUGAAUGAGUUCAACAAAGCUCUUGAUACCUUCCAAGCUCGAGGCUACAACGAGAUCGACACGGCACGGGUAUACGUAAAUGGCCAGCAGGAGGCAUACACGCGACAGACCAGGUGGAAGGAGCGCGGACUGACGUUGGCUACCAAGUUCAAGUAUCCCGUUGGAGACGGUGCCAACCAAGCCGCUAAAAUUGUCGACUCUUUGGAAACGAGCCUUAAGGAACUUGGAACGGAGACAGUGGAUCUCAUCUAUCUCCACGCGGCGGACCGUACGACUCCUUUCGCCGAAACUCUCGAGGCGGUAGACAAGCUACACAAGGCGGGCAAGUUCGUACGAUUCGGCAUCUCGAAUUUCACGGCGGCCGAGGUCGCCGAAAUCGUUUUGACAUGCAAAUACAAUGGAUGGGUAAGACCGACCGUUUACCAAGGCAUGUAUAACGCUAUCACGCGUGGCAUCGAGCCAGAGUUGAUUCCGGCUUGUCGGCGAUACGGACUGGAUAUCGUGGUGUACAAUCCGAUCGCAGGUGGUUUAUUCAGCGGCAAGAUAAAGAGCGUGGACAUCGACCCGGGUGAUUCUAGCCGGUUUAGCACCAAGAGCGUCACGGGAGUCAACUAUCGUAACCGGUACUUCAAAGAGAGCACGUUCAAGGCACUUCAGACGAUUGAGAAGGCGGUCGAGAAGCACCCGGGCUUAACUCUCAUCGAGGUAGCUCUGCGCUGGAUGGUCCAUCACAGCCAGCUCAAGAUCAAAGAUGGCAACGAUGGCAUUCUUAUCGGUAUUAGCUCGUACGACCAGCUAGUGAGCAACCUCGACAAUCUGGAGAAGGGCCCGCUACCCGAAGAUGUCGUUCAGGCGCUUGACGAGGCGUGGAUGAUCGCAAAGCCGGAUGCACCAAAUUACUGGCAUAAAGAUCUCGUAUACACUUACGAUACACGUGAAGCCAUUCCUGCUCGCUUAAAACCGACAUCGCAGCAUUCGAACUCGAGACCCGAACCAUCACCGCUGCUGUCGGCUAGUUCCUACGGGUCUAGCGUCGAAGACUAUAUCGGUAGCGGUACCGAUACUGUAGGAGGGAGAACGCCCAACUUCGAUCGGCGGUUGUCUUUUGUACAGGAAGACGACGAGCGCUCCGAUAUCAGUCGACUCUAUAGCCCUCACGACCACGACGCUAUGUCGGAUAGUAAGAGGCCGUCUUUCUUCCGUCCUACUGACGGCCGCUCCGGCACGCCGCUCCUAAAGAAAUCGGACGAUGAAGACCGCGGGAGGCCACGGUACAACAAUUCGCGACCAACCUCACCUCUCCCUAUUCCGGUUUCAACCCCUUCCUCCACAAAUAGCAGACCUACGUUUUCGCGGCACUCGACGAUGCGAUCUCGAUCACCCGACACUCAAGCGCGCAUGGCGGCGAAGAAGAAGUAUACAUAUGCUGCUAUCUUCCUAGUAGUAUCGCUCAUAUCCUUCUGCAUACAAACGGAACUAGGACGAUACGUGCAGCACGAGCUGGGCUGGAACAAGGCGUAUUGCAUGUUAUACCUAACACAUGGGUCGUGGGCGCUUUUAUGGCCCGCACAGCUGCUAAUCUUGCGCAUCCAAAAGUGGAACGUGCCAUGGCAGACCUUCUGGCGGAGACACGUAUAUCUGCUACGCUCGACGGCGCAUAUGGUCGCCCAGCAAGAACUCGAUAUCCCGCGCCACGUCGUCCAGCGCAGUCCCUUUCCCUACAUUAUUCGAACCACGGCUUUUAUCACGACGGCGUUGACGGUGGCGGGGUUUAGUUGGUAUGUCGCGGUUAAUAUGACGAGUCCGAGCGAUCUAACGGCCAUCUACAAUUGCUCUGCUUUUUUCGCCUACGCCUUUAGCGUGCCACUGCUGAACGAGAAGCUGCGGUUAGACAAGUCCUUCGCAGUCUUGAUCGCCAUUGCCGGUGUUUUAGUUGUCGCGUAUGGAGACUCCAAGGAUCCGGCUGGAGAGGAGGAGGGCAUGGAUACUGAGGCUAGCACGCGAUUCCUGGGCAAUAUGAUUAUCGGCGCAGGGAGUGUGUUAUACGGAUUAUAUGAAGUACUUUACAAGCGAUGGGCCUGUCCACCAGAAGGUACAUCAGCAACACGAGGCAUGAUCUUCGCCAACGCGUUCGGGAGCUGCAUCGGCACUUUCACCCUUACCGUCUUAUGGAUCCCCUUGCCUCUCCUACAUAUUCUGGGCUGGGAAACGUUCGAGCUGCCGACGAGCGAAGCAGCUUUCUACCUUUUCAUCUCCGUCAUCAUGAACGCGACGUUCGCCGGCUGCUUCCUGGUCUUGAUAUCGCUAACGAGCCCCGUGCUGAGUUCCGUGGCCGCGUUGCUGACUAUUUUCAUCGUUGCCGUCGCCGACUGGCUGGUCACGGGGCAGAGCAUGAGCACCGCUGCCGUGGGCGGCGGAUGUAUGAUCAUCGUCGCAUUUCUCAUGUUGAGUUGGAGCACGUGGCGCGAGAUGACUGAAGAUGCUGAACGCAAGGCUGCUGUCGACGUUGCCGGUCCCGUUGAUUGGAGUAGCGAGGACAGUGACAAGGAUGAUCGGUUGGAUUAG